AUGAUGGCAGUGUGCAUGUUCUGGCUGCUCACGUACGUGGGACACGGCCUGGAUCUGGCCGUGGGGAAUCGUCCGGUGAUCAUCAUGCAGGGUGCGCAGGAUCAGGACUACCGGCACGGGGCCGGGAUCAGAAAGAAGAACGAACUCGGCUCGAUCGUCGGCAAUAACCUGUUGCAUUUUCGGAUAUAUCCGCCGGAGGCGACGCAACGGGACGAUCUGUCGAACUGGCUGCUAUUGAACGACGAGCCCCGAAUCUCCUCGUGGACCCCUUCCGGUAUAUUGAUCGACGACAUGAUCAAGGAACCCCGUGAACUGCAAACGGUAUUCUUCGCUCUGUCCCCGUCGAUGCUGAACUCGCUGUACUCGGAUUACGUGACCGCUGCCACCGCCGCCGCAAUACAAGCUGGCGAACAGUUCCCGCACGAGGAUCAUCAACCGAAGCAUCAGCAGCAGCGAGGGAAGAAGCUGCGUAUCGAUUGCAGACACUCGAGGAACACGGUCAGCCUACCGAUCCGUGUGUGCGACGACGAGACCGGUCGCAGGACCGGCCACGACACUAGACAAUUCAGUUACGACGAUCCGUACGAACCGAAACAUCUGAACAACCAUGCUGCGAGCCCGAAGGCCGAUCUGACCAGGGGCGAAAGGCCACGUGACUAUCAGAAACCCGGUUUCGCAGUCAGACCGUACGUUUUGGAGGGCGCCAACAAGGUGCCCGGCAAGAGGAGCCAGAUCCCAGCUGUCGGCGGACGUCGUACCGUCGAUCAUACCGGCGAGUCCGCACCGCAUCAAGCUCAACCACCGUCGCCCCUCGGGAACGGCAUCAGCGUCGCUUCUCAGCUGAUGCUCAGGUCUACAAGGGGAAGCAUACAAUACGACGUGCCGCAAAUCGAAUGUCCGAUCUCGGACGACGGAAUGGAGAGGUUCGCCUGUCCCACCGCGGACAGAGUAGGCAGAUAUCAUUGCAUCGACGAUCACGCCUUGUGCGACGGUUUCAUCGACUGCCCGACAGGCGAGGAUGAGGACAGGCAGGCCUGCAUGUUUUACAAAACCACGAAAGCUCACCUUGACGUAUUGGCGGACGCAAUUUUGCGAUGGGCAAGAGGACGCUAAUUCUCUUUUGUUGACGAUGAACCUCUGACCUAUGCAUAAGAUCAUAAGUCUGACGAGUUUACUUCUUUAUACGUUCACCGAUAUAUGUAUAUAUAUAUGUAUAUACCGAUAUAUAUAUGACGGCUAC